GUCACCCAAACCUACUGUGCAAUUGUAAUACUUACCCUGUGACUCCUGUGAUCGACAAGAUUGCAAAGGGCACCUCGCCUUACUCAAGGCAUCAGCCCAGGCCUACACUUCUUACUAGUCGGCAGACAGCCUCAGAGAGCUUAUCAAGCUUGUUCCCAUGAAGAUCUACACGCGUGCCGGCGACACUGGGCAAGCAUCCCUGUUCAGCGGCGAGCGGCUGUACAAGGACGAUGCCGUGUUCCAGGCCCUCGGGGAUGUGGAUGAGCUGAAUUCUGCAAUCGGGGUAGCGAUGGCAUUCCUAACUGACAAAGAGCUGCUUGGCCAGCUGGAGGCCGUGCAGUCCCGGCUGAUCGACGUGGGGUCAGCAGUCGCCACCCCGCUGCCCUCCUCCUCCGAAACCAAGCUGCAGCGCACGCACUUCCCCGGGGCCCAGCACGCGGCGCAACUCGAGGCAUGGAUCGAUGCGAUGGACGAGCGGUUGCCGCCGUUGAAGAACUUCAUCCUGCCCUCGGGCGGCCAGGCAUCCGCAUUCCUGCACCACGCCCGAUCGGUAUGUCGGCGGGCUGAGCGGAGCGUUGUGGUGCUGUCCCGCCGGGAGAGCAUCAGCACCGAGGUCACCACCUACCUCAACCGCCUCAGCGACUUCCUGUUUACUGCCGCCAGGCUCACGGCGAUGGCCCAGGGGGUACCCGAGGUGGUGUACAAGAAGAGCUCCUGAGCUGCCGCCGCGUGGGGAGCGUAGGAGGGGGAACAAGAAGAAUACAUAAUGUGUUGUGAACGACAAUGGCAGACGGACGUGGCGGGGGGGUAAAAAAAGAAAUUCCAAAGUGUGGGGGGACCACGCUCCUUGCUCUUCCAUGGCCAAGCCAAUAGGACUACCGCUACAGCAGCUGGUACGGCCUGCCUGACUUUGUUGUGGUGGCGCAUGGUGCAAGGUGCCACAUGCCGGACAAGAGUUAAGCAGGGCUCGUGGUGGUGGGGUUAGGUAGGAUCUUGCAUGUCAGCAUGUGCGCAUAGCAGGAUGGGGUGCAGACACAGCAAGUUGGAAGAGGGUCUAACGUCAAUGUAGAGGGGACUCAGAGCGAGGGAGCGAGUGGCUUGAUGCUAGGGACUGCGGGGGUGCAGUUCGUGGCGGGUAGAGGGUUAGUGAGGGGCUGGCAAUGGGCUGACGAUUGGGAAACCCGUUGCUCGAUGGGAGGUACUGGUACCAUGUUGCAUGCAUGCUGUGCUCCGUUGCGCCAUACGAGUGCGCAUGGUGGGGGUAAAGAGAGGAACCUGACGAGCUGUAUGAUGAGGCGGUUGCAUGGUGGUGUUUGGGCGGCAGUACCGGUAGUGCGGGGUCCUCCCUGAGUAGCAGUCUUGGGUAGCGGCGGCC